CUGAGUGUGAGCGGCUGUGUUUCCUCUGGAGGGCCGGCAGGCGGCGGUGCUGAAGAGAAGCGGGACAGAGCGGAGAGAGAGCAGCCAGCGAGAUGGCGGAAAACUCGAGCUAUCCCACAGAAGAGCAGCAACCUGCACACACAUCCUCCCUAAAGAGGAGACAUGAGGAAGACUCUCCGGAGUUCGGAUCUCCUCCUAAAAAACAGGACACAGGAGAGGGACACAGUCUGAAAGUGGCAAGUCAUUACAACACCUUGCAGGAAUGCGGCCUGGCAGAGCGCAGCAGAAGCCGGAUCGUCCACUUGCGCAACUUCAACAACUGGACGAAGAGUAUCCUCAUUGGAGAGAUCUUGGAUAAGGUGAGGCGUGAGCGGAGGGACGUGGCAGUGCUGGAUUUGGGCUGUGGUAAAGGAGGAGACCUGCUGAAGUGGAGGAAAGGACGCAUCAGCAAGUUAGUGUGUGCAGAUAUCGCCGAUGUGUCGGUGGAACAGUGUCGGCAGCGCUAUGAUGACAUGAGGAGGAGGAGUCACCCUAACGAACGAAUCUUCAGUGCUGAGUUCAUCACUGCAGAUUGCAGCAGGGAGCUGCUGAGUGAUAAACUGAGUGAUGCAGAGUUGAAGUUUGAUAUCUGUAGCUGUCAGUUCGUGUAUCAUUACUCAUUUGAAAGUCACAGUCAGGCAGACACCAUGCUGAGAAACGCCUGUGAGAGACUGCGGCCAGGAGGAUUCUUCAUAGGAACCACGCCAGACUCCUACGAGCUAGUAAAGCGUCUAGAAGCAUCUGAUUCGAACAGCUUUGGGAAUGAAGUGUACAGGGUAACGUUUCGGAAGAAAGGAGAAUACCCGCUGUUUGGCUGUCAGUAUGAGUUCAACCUGGAGGGAGUCGUUGACGUACCAGAGUUCUUAGUCUAUUUCCCUCUGCUUGUAGAAAUGGCGAAGAAGUACAACAUGCGGUUGGUGUUUAAGAAGACAUUCCGGGAGUUCUUUCAAGACAAGAUAAAGGACGAGCAGAAUAGGAUUCUGUUGCAGAGGAUGCAGGGGCUAGAGCAAUACCCAGCAGAUGGCAGAGGCAGGCUAGCGUCUGAUAACCCAGUGGAGUACCACCAUGCUGAGAGGAUAGCCAAGACCCCCGGAGUUAGACUGCCACUGGGCACGAUGUCCAAGUCUGAGUGGGAGGCUACAAGUAUCUAUCUGGUGUUCGUUUUUGAGAAGAUGUCCUGAACUGGAGAGUUUUAAAACUGGAGAUGUCUGCAGCAUCUAUUCAAUUCUCUUUUCUUUUUCUUUGCUUGUAAAGAGCCAGUCGAGUCUUCUUUUUUUUUUGGUCUGAAACGGAGCAUCUGUGUGUUUAUCAGAGAGAAUGUAAAGUAAAUGAGUGUCUAUGACCAAUUAUGAUUUUCAUCUAAAACUUUGAGCAGUGAGUCUGUUGGUCAUUCAUGAUAUAUUUGUAUGUUGCAUGGGGAAAAAUUAUUGUAGCCGACUUGAUGUUGGAAUUUAGUCUAUGUUUGUAGGUGACAGUAGCCGUAUCCGGAUGAGAUUAGUUUCUAGAGGGAAAAAUAUUUUGCAUUUCAAUGCAGUGAUAAAACUCAGUGAGUUGUUUUUUUUUUUUUUUUUGGCUUUCUCAGUCACGACAUCAUGUUCAGUAGCUCCUCCACUUCCACUCGCUGUUGUGUUUAUGUGGAUCUCCAUGGAAACAUGCACUGUUUAAUUGCGGUGCGUAGCAGUGCACAAAUAGCUAUUUUAUUAAAUGUGAGGUGAUGAAACUCAGAGAUGUGCGUCUGAACAUAACUAAAAUUUCCAGAGGACCACAGAGUUCAGCGAAAAACAGUAGGGCCUGCAAUUCUGCCUGUAAUUUUCCCAGAGGACGUCAAAGAAAAACAUGUACAUGUUCGUUUUGGACAGCAAUAAAAUCAUGGAGAAAAAAAAAAUAGGCCCCCCUGAGAAACUAAUCCCCUCUGAAAAAAAAAAAAACACGUAAGCAAGUCUUCAAAGAGCCUAAGGCUGAUUGGAGGUAAAUUGAGCAGUUUAUUUUGGUCACUUGUGGGGUAAGACCAAUUUGAGAACAAAGAAAAACACUUGCUUAUUUGUGUCUUUUCUACAAUUUCACAGUGUCUGUUAUUUUAUUCAGUAGAUCAUUUUAACAGAUCUGUAUGGCAUAGGAUUUCUUUCCCUUUCUGCACUUACAGUGUAGGCUUGGGGCAUAGAAUGAUAUAGGAAACAUAUAUGUUCCUCUAGAUAUCUGAUAACAUGUAUCUACAUUGUACACGCACUUAUAUUCAACCAAUAUUUCAGAUCAGUAUGUGGUGACAUGUUGACAUGUUUUUUGCUUACUGGAAGAGCAAAGGGGAACAGAACAAUUUAGCCAGCUGUGCUUAAAAUAAAGUGCUGUUUUAGUUCUGCAUCAGCAAAGACAUUAUAGCCUAAAUUACAGCUUAUGAAUUCUGUCCUGCACAGAAUAUUUAUUUAUUUUGUGUUGAAACCUGAUUCAACUAAAAAGCUGAUUAACAAGUCUUGUCGGAGGCACAGGAGAUUGGUAAAGCAGGUACAAAUGUGCGGGGCAGGGGGCACUAUAAACUGUGCCCAUACUUUUGUCCUUAGUUUGUCAUGUAGUUUGUCAGAAAAUACAUAAGCAGUCCAUUACAUUAGAGAUUACUGAACAGCUCUAUACUGUUUGAGGAGAGCAUGCUGGCUUAGGCUUGCAGUUUGGCUAUUCAGACACCAAACAUGUCUGAUCAGCUACUGUUGGGGGAACUGGUUUUAGUGGGUUUAGUGUCUUUUUUUUUUGUACUCAGUAUCAGUAUUUACCUUCAUUUCAAAUAUCAUUUGUAUCCACAGAAUAGUAAAUAAAGUAUUCACACUUUAUUCACAAGUUAAGUUAACUAAACUGGAAAAAAUGCAUAGUUUUGCUGCAUUUCAAAUUUGAACUCAAACAUCUAUCCAAAAAUCUCAAGCUGCACAACUCUUUUUAAAGAGGUAGCUCCUUUAAAAGAUUAUUUCUGCAAUUUCUGUGAUGGUAUAUAAUUUGUGCGGAUUAGGGAGACCUUAUUAAAAUGCGUAAGCCUCCCAGAACUUCCAUGAUGGGUAGAACUUAUGUGCAUCUGUGGCCGAACAGAAGGCGCACUGUCACUGCAGUAUUUGCUUGAUGCAGUGUUAUGUGUUUAAUAAAUUGAAUCAUGUAACAAACAGACUGCUAAGGUCUAGAGAUUUAGUGCUGGCUCUUCUAGUAAAUGAAUGUUAUCUUUCAUAGUUUUGUCCAACGUACUGUUUGAUUUUGCAACAAUAAAGUUCCAAAAAUAA